AUGUGUGUGAGGAUGAUACCUCCUGAAGAAGUAUCAAUUAGUACCACAGCUUCUAGUCUUCCGACAGAUGCACCAGGAGAAAUCACCACAGAAAGGACUGCCACGUCAUCAGAAACGGGUUCUCCGACUACAGGAGUCCCGGUGACAGAUACUCCUGUGACAGAUACUCCUGUGACAGAAGAUCCAACGGAUCUGUGCACCACUUGCAACAUCCAAACCAUAAAACCAGAUCCAAUCCCAACUGGUGUUGUAUUUUCUUUUGUGGAGAAUGCGGCAGAUGGAGAAUGUAUCGAAACCAAAGCGACAUGUACAAGAAAUGAUGGUAUGAUAUGUACAGAUAUCAAAAUGUUCGCAACGACUGCAACCGGGCAGGUAUCUAUAACAGAUUCAACAACUACAACAGAAGUUAGUGCAACUCUGACAUGUGCAAAUGAUGGCACUUAUUCAUGGGGCACUACUAUCGGAAUCACCAAGCUGGCUUGUCAAUUCGAAAGUUGUACUACUCCAACUCCAUGUCAAACAUGUGACAUCAGUAAAAUUUCUCCAACGAAUCCACUCCCUGGAACCAGUUUUGUGUCAGAGGAGAAUGUAGUCAAUGGAUGCCAAGUAAUAACUGUCACAUGUAAACGAGAUGAUGGUCUAAUUUGUAGUUCUGUUGCAGUCCAGGCGGAAUUUCCCACAGGGAUAUCAGAACUCAGUUCUACAAUGAACGGCGAUUCGGCUACUUCAGUAAUAGAGUGUAAUGAGAAUGGAAAGUACUCAUACAGAGGAAUAGAAAUUACUGCAUUAUCUUGUGACUUUAUUCAGUGUCCACCUCCAUGCACCUCCUGUGAUAUCAGUACAAUUCCUCUGACCGUUCCGCCGGCGGGAACAAGUUUAAUACCACAAGAAAAUACAAUUAACGGAUGUAAAGCUGCAACUAUCACAUGCCAAAGAGAAGAUGGUCAAGUUUGUACUUCUGUUGCAGUCCAGGCAACAACUUCUACUGGUGUUUCAGAGAUUGGAUCAACAAUGGGUUUAGGAGUAGCCACUGCUGAAUUAACAUGCUCUGCAGAUGGCAAGUACACUACUGGAACGGGCACUGAAAUCACUGGACUCUCCUGUAACUUUAAUCAGUGUCCACCACCACCCUCUUGUCUUACCUGUGACAUCAACACAAUUGCUCCAAAAAAUUUACCUAUGGGAACCAGUUUCACUUCAACAACAACUAUAUUGAAUAACUGCCGAUUGACAACUAUCACAUGCAAGAGAGACGAUGGAUUAAUUUGCAGUUCUGUUGCAGUCUGGGUCACUAGUCUCUUUGGAACUUUUGCACUGCGCACCAACUAUAAUAACGAUAACGUUGCAACCACGAUAACGUGCAAUGCAAAUGGAAUAUACAGUGCUCCAAUGCUACCUGGAAUCAGUGCAAUCUCCUGUGUGUUCAAUCAGUGCCCACCAUGUAAGUUUAAUUCGAAUUCUCGCAAUAUCCUAGUGACGAUUAUGUUAUUCAUGAUAACUUAUCAGUUGUGCUUGUUCUACUACAAAAUAAUUUUCGUCGAAAUGUGUGUGAGGAUGAUACCUCCAGAAGAAGUAUCAAUUAGUACCACAGCUUCUAGUCUUCCGACAGAUGAACCUGUAGAAGUCACCACAGAAGGAACGGCCACGUCAUCAGAAACGGAUUCUCCCAGUACAGGAGUCCCGGUGACAGAUACUCCUGUGACAGAUACUCCUGUGACAGAUACUCCUGUGACAGAUACUCCUGUUACUGAUGAACCUGUCACAGAAGAUCCAACGGAUCAAUGCACGGAAUGUGAUAUCGGAGCCAUUAUGCGAGAUUCCAUCCCAGAUGUCCAGUUUGAGUUCCUAGAUACCACGGAAUCCGGCCAAUGUACAACAAACAAAGUUACAUGUAAGAGAACGGAUACAAUGAUAUGUACAGAUAUAAAGAUGUUCGCAACGACUGCAACCGGACAAGUAUCAAUAACAGAUUCAACUACUACAACAAAAGUUAGUGCAACACUCACAUGUGCAAAUGAUGGAACAGUCUCAUAG